GGUGGGUGUGAGAGCGCAGGAGGCCGGGCUGUGCGGGCGCCAGGCGUGGGGAUGCGGUUGCGGGAGCCGGGGCCCGGGAGCACUCCAGGCGCGCGCGUUAGCCCGGCGCGGUGAGGGGCGGCGAGGCGGCGACAGGAUUCCUUCAGCCAGCGAGCUAUGCAGCGGGCGGCAGCGCUGGUCCGACGGGGCUGCAGCCCCCGGACCCCGGGCCCUUGGGGCCGUAGUCAGAGCAGCGCGGCCGCUGAGGCCUCCGCGGUGCUCAAGGUGCGGCCAGAGCGCAGCCCGCGCGAACGCAUCCUCACCCUGGAGUCCAUGAACCCGCAGGUGAAGGCGGUGGAGUACGCGGUGCGGGGACCCAUCGUGCUCAAGGCUGGCGAGAUCGAGCUGGAGCUGCAGCGGGGUAUCAAAAAACCAUUCACUGAGGUCAUCAGAGCCAACAUUGGGGAUGCCCAGGCUAUGGGCCAGCAGCCAAUCACCUUUCUCCGACAGGUGAUGGCGUUAUGUACCUACCCAAACCUGUUGAACAGCCCCAGCUUCCCAGAAGAUGCUAAGAAGCGAGCCCGGCGAAUCCUACAGGCUUGUGGCGGGAAUAGCCUGGGCUCUUACAGUGCUAGCCAGGGUGUCAACUGCAUCCGAGAAGAUGUGGCUGCCUACAUCACCAGGAGGGAUGGCGGUGUGCCUGCAGACCCAGACAACAUUUACCUGACCACUGGAGCGAGCGACGGCAUUUCUGUAUGUGUGAGGGUAGCUCGUUUUUACCCAGUGUUUACCCACAUGAAGAAUAGCCUUGCAUGUGGGGGCCUAGUGUUUGAACUGAUUAGCAAAGAACAGGCCUGGGGGGACCAUUUAAACAGCAUUACAACCUACAUUUUGUUUUUUUGGGGGAUUUUUAUAGGCCAGGUACAAAGCAGAAAGUGCAUAGAAGAUGUGAUUCACUUUGCCUGGGAAGAGAAGCUCUUUCUCCUGGCUGAUGAGGUAUACCAGGACAACGUGUACUCUCCAGAUUGCCGAUUCCACUCCUUUAAGAAGGUGCUUUAUGAGAUGGGGCCUGAGUACUCUAGCAACGUGGAGCUCGCCUCCUUCCACUCCACCUCCAAGGGCUACAUGGGCGAGUGUGGCUAUAGAGGAGGCUACAUGGAGGUGAUCAACCUCCACCCUGAGAUCAAGGGCCAGCUGGUGAAGUUGCUCUCAGUGCGUCUGUGCCCACCUGUGUCUGGACAGGCAGCCAUGGACAUUGUUGUGAACCCCCCAGUACCAGGAGAGGAGUCCUUUGAACAAUUCAGCCGGGAGAAGGAAUCUGUCCUGGGUAAUCUGGCCAAAAAAGCAAAGCUGACAGAAGACCUGUUUAACCAAGUCCCAGGAAUUCACUGCAACCCCUUGCAGGGAGCCAUGUAUGCCUUUCCUCGGAUCUUCAUUCCUGCCAAAGCUGUGGAGGCAGCUCAGGCGCAUAAAAUGGCCCCAGACAUGUUCUACUGCAUGAAGCUACUGGAGGAGACUGGCAUCUGCGUUGUGCCUGGCAGCGGCUUUGGGCAGAGGGAAGGCACCUACCACUUCAGAAUGACCAUUCUCCCUCCAGUGGAGAAGCUGAAGACAGUGCUCCAGAAGGUGAAGGACUUUCACAUAAAGUUCCUGGAGAAGUAUGCGUGAGGAUGCCUCAGGCCCCAGGGGAGACCCCAUCUCCAGGUCUCCCCCCGCAAUGCCGCCCAGGCCUCCCCCACUGACUCUGCCUCAAGGUCUCACUGAGGCCACUGGUUGUGUCCAUCGUCAUUUUGCCCAGGAGACUUCUUUCUCUGUGCCUUGGUGUUGGGAGCACUUCUCUUCUGAGCAAAUAUGAAUUCUCAAUGUCUCAAAGGCUGUUUUUUUGAUGCAACCAAAGCAGAGGGGUCUUGCUCAGCAGAUGUGGCCAAGUUCUCCAAAUCAUCUAUCAUUGCUUUUGGAAAGUUCCCUUGGGUUUUAAACAACCAGGGUGUGUCGGAUGAGAUGUUUUAGAUCUGGAGAAACAGGUUAUUGGGAAAUGUAUGACAACCACGGUGAGGACUGGAAGCCCAGAACAUCUAAUGUGAUCUAUGAAAUAAAACCCUUAGUGGUGUGAAAAUGUAGUCCUUCAAACAGUAAAGCCUGGAAGUCCAGUGGGGACUCAGACAGGGUCCAUCAUUCUGGCCAUCUCAGAAAAAAACCAUGAGGGCAGUAGCACACAGGACAGGUUGCCAGGCUAGGUUGUGGUAGAUGCUGGGGACGAUGCCCAAGAUUAGAGGUCCUGUAGGGAAGAGUGGGUGUAAGUCAGGUACCUGGUUGAGCCAGGUCUCUGCUUCUGAGCAAGGGGGAUUGAAGGGCUUUGACGAUGAAGGGGUCUCUUGAACAUGCUAGGCUGAGAUCUUGGUCUGAGAGGUCUCCCUGGACUUCAGGGACACAGGGCACAUAGCCCAGCAAUAUCCUAGUUUUGAGGAGAGGGUCUGCCUGUUGGCUUGUGGAUCUCCCCCUGGUUACCCAGUGACUGUUUUCUCCCAAGGGCUUGAUUGAGUCUUUACACACAUCGCCCCCUGCUGGCAGCAGCAGAGAUAAGGAAAGACUAAAAAUGUCCUAAGCCGGGAAGGGAUCCUUAAGGACUUGACCAACCAAUGACAAGUCAAGCCCCUGUAGUUUCUUCAGUUAUUUUAAAUGGAAUUAAAGUCCAUUUUGUAGCUCUUAAUUGGUUGAAGUGCCUGGUAGCUUGCUAUGGAGGAGUGAAUGCAAUCUGAUUUGUUUAUUCAACUGAAUUGAAGUGUUUUAACUUAAUGCAAAGUGUUUUGCCUUCACAUUAGCUGCUGCCUCCCCUCCCAGCUCUGCAGACAGGGACCGGUAGCAUCAGUCAUCUCUCCAGGUCAGGAAGGUAUCAUCUACCAACCAUGCCCCUUCCCUGGCAUUAGUAAACCUGGACCAGGCUUGACCCACACUCCAGAAGCUCAGUACUCCUAUCCUCCUCACCAGGCACCCUCCCCCUUACCAUCUGCCUAUUCCAGGAAGUUAGGGAAACCAUGGCCAGCUCAGGAGUUUGGGGACCCAACAAGUCCCAAAGUGGAAUUGAAGGAGCUGGAGAGAGAAAUCUGAAGAAUAAGGAGUGAGGUUUGAAAGCAGCCUCCUAUGCUACUACUUCCACACUGGGUCCUUCCUUGCAGGGGAACACCAUAGAAAACUUCAAACGGUCAUUACUCAUUAGCAUUAUAGUCCCUGUGAAGAAAGCCGCCACAAUCCCAAAUAACAAAAGGGAAUGUUUUGGCACUUUUUCUUCCUUAAAAAGUUGAAAAAGUUGCACUCAUGCUUGCCGUAUGCUAUAUAAACCAGGAUGUGUCCCAGAGUCAUGAGAUUUCUGGUAGAAAGGUUAAAUAGUAGAGGCUAGUAUAUUUUUUAUAUUUUUGUAACAAUUGCUUUUUUCAUGGGGGGAGGAGGGGCUAGUAUUUAUAGUCUUAACAAGUCCAGUAAUUUUUUAUAAGUCUCUUCAGAUUAUAAAUAACCCCUAAAAACUUUACAACGUUUACAUGAUUUUUUAAAAGACGCCAUAUAUACUUGGUUUGCUUUUAAAAAAAAUGAAUAAUAAGGUCAGCUAGUUUAGGAGGCUAACUUCAGGUAGGAAAGCCAAUCAUAAUUAAUUUGAUUUUCUGCAGAUUCUAUUCUGAUGCCUUUCCUGUUCCGGUACCAUCUUAGAAAGUUGAUGGUCAUUUGGGGUUGCACUUUGUAUCUACACGUGUGCAGUUUCUGUUGUUCACCCAGCUCUGCAUGUGGGUGAUGCUGGGGAAGCUUAUGCCAGGCUGUCCCUUGGCUGGUCUGUCACCUCACAUCUUGAGACUGGGCUCAUUGUUUCUGUUCUGAUGUGUGGAGGUUUGGGGAGGAGCAGACACAGACAUCUCCUGACAAAGGUACUUGAUGAUAACUCUGCUGGAAGUUUCUAAACAAUAAAAUAUGUGUCCAAAAUGGUGA